AGGGGGCGUGGUCUGUCUUGUAGGAGGGGCGUUUGAGCUACAUCGCGGUUUUUUUCCUAGAGCGCCAUUUUGGCUCCUGAGCGAGACGCGUCGUGUGAUUGGGCUCCAGGCGCUACUAUCGGAGCCAAUCAGAGGUGCAUCGGGCGGCGGCGAAGACGACUUAAGUUUCAUCUCAUCGCUCAGCCCACAGAAGUCAGACAGCAAACAUGGAGCAGUACACCACCACAACGACAACUAGUGGAGAGCAGAUAGUGGUGCAGACCAGCAGUGGACAGAUCCAACAACAGGGCACAGUGACUGCGGUGCAGUUGCAGACUGAGCCUCAGGUAGGCCAGACUGCAGCCCAGCAGGUUCUUCAGGUCCAAGGGCAGCCUCUUAUGGUACAAGUCAGCGGGGGUCAGCUCAUCACUUCCUCUGGGCAGCCCAUAAUGGUACAGGCCAUGACAGGAGGACAAGGUCAAACCAUCAUGCAAGUACCAGUAUCUGGUACACAGGGGCUGCAGCAGAUUCAGUUGGUACAACCCAGUCAGAUCCAGCUUCCUGGUGGACAGACAUUACAGCUACAGGGUCAGCAGGGACAGACCCAACAGAUCAUCAUUCAACAGCCACAGACUGCGGUCACUGCAGGACAGAACCAGGUAUCCUACGAUCCUUUCCAGGGUCAGCAGCAGAUCACUGUACAGGGUCAGCAGGUGGCACAAACCGCUGAAGGACAGACCAUCGUUUACCAGCCUGUUAAUGCAGAUGGGACCAUCCUGCAGCAAGGAAUGAUCACCAUUCCAGCUGCAUCUUUAGCAGGAGCUCAGUUAGUCUCAGCUGGAUCCAACACAAACACCACUAACACCGGUCAGGGCACAGUCACGGUCACUCUUCCCAUGGCAGGAAACAUGGUCAAUGCUGGAGGAAUGGUCAUGAUGGUCCCAGGGGGUGGCGGGUCAGUUCCCACAAUGCAGCGCAUUCCUCUUCCUGGAGCAGAGAUGCUGGAGGAGGAACCUCUGUACGUCAACGCUAAACAGUACCACCGGAUUCUCAAAAGGAGACAAGCCCGUGCCAAACUAGAGGCUGAGGGCAAAAUACCCAAAGAGAGAAGAAAAUACCUGCACGAGUCCCGUCAUCGUCACGCCAUGGCCAGGAAGCGUGGAGACGGUGGACGUUUCUUUUCCCCGAAGGAAAAAGAAGAAAUGGCCAUGCAGGCCCUUAAGGUGAGCGAGGGGCUUGAGCUCAGCUCUCAUUGGCCAGCCACCUCUGCCCCGCCUCUGGGGUAAACUAUCCAAUCCCAGCCCGUGUCCCACCCGAGAGACUGAACUCAAUGUAUACGCCUAAUUUAACUUAGAUCAUCCAUACGCUGCAGCUCUGUGCCUGAGCUACCUCAUGCGUCUGUGACACACUCAUGUCCGAACUGUCUCUGUCUGUGAGUUGAUUGACAUUUCCAACUAGUUAAAUUGAACAUGCAUACUAAGAUCUUAGUAUAUAUGUUCUAGUGUAUAGUAUGAGCAAAUACAAUGUACAGCUCAGUCCCCAUGUUUGUAACGGCUAUGCUUCCUUGUAGCUUUUUUUUUUUUUUUUUUUUAAUUCAUUUAAUAAUUUCAUUAUUUUGCUGCAUAUCUUAGUGUGCAGCCUAAAGAGGUUAUGUUUGAGCUCUGCUAAUUUAAAAUGGCUUCUUCCAAAAAGCUUCAGCUGUAAACAUGGGUGAUUGGCACAUUUUACCCUGUCAAUGUUAAAGGUUUCUUGUCUUAAAUGUCUAACUGCUACUUCAAAGGGAAAUCUUCAACCUUGACGUCUUUGUUCUGUCUGCAUUUCUGCCGUUUGUCCUUCCAUGCUGUAAACUGCUUGUGAAACUCACUGGAUGCUGAGAUGUAUUAAGCUGUGUUUAUUUGUCCUUUUUACCAUCUUGCUGAUAUGAAUAGUCAUUCAAAAUGAUCUGUUUUCAUUUGUGAUGUAUGGCUUGGCUUGCACCCUUCAAUGCUCUUCUGUCUUUGCCCAGAGCUGUGGCUUUAUCGCUUUUGCCAUUUUAUGUUUCUUACAGCGGGGCUGUAUGUGGGCUCUUGUUUGCAUUUAUAUUGCAGUUAUGUUUGUUACUUGAUGAUAUAUGCCCUUUUUAUGCAAAUAAACCAUUGUUCUUGAUUUAUA